AUGUUGGAGAAUUUUUUGGAGGUUAUGUGUAAUAAACCUCCGUCCAUUAUCGUAACCGAUGAGGACGAUGCAAUGAUUGCAGCAGUGAAAAAGAUUUUUCUUGAAUCCACCCACCGGUUGUGUGCAUGGCAUUUGCAGAAGAAUGUUACUUCAAAUGGAAGUGAGCAAAUGUUUCGUGAAAUAUUCUCUAAGUGGCUAUAUGUGGACAUGGAGGUUGACGAGUUUGAGUUCCAAUGGGAUCAAGCUGCUGACGAGUACGGUUUGCACAAAAACUGUUGGGUAAUGCAAAUGUAUGAAAAGAGGCACAUAUGGGCAAGUGCAUACCUACGCGACAAGUUUUGUGCUGGAUACCGGAUCACAUCUAGGUGUGAGGGGAUAAAUUCUCAUGUCAAGAAAUUCCUAACCUCGAGAUACAAUAUUGUGGACCUUGUGCAAAAUCUGGAGUUGGGGGUCCGUGAAUACCGUAACAAUGAGUUGGUUGCACAAUUCACUUCAAUGUACAGUACUCCAGUCCUCACAACAUGUUUGGAUCCUAUUGAGAAGUGUCCUGUAGCGGUCUACGCUAGAGUAAUAUUUAUGCAAGUUAAGAGAGAGAUUGAUGUUGUAGGAGGCCUUAAUUUUGUGAGCAAAAGGAGGUUUUCAACGACAAUGGUCUACACUACCAAAGAAUAUGGUCAUCCUGGUCAGAACGUAGUAACCUUAUUUGACAAUAACUCAUUAAAGUUUGAAUGUCGAUGUCGAUUUUGGGAGAAGGAAGGAUUUCUGUGUAAGCACAUAUUUUUAGUAAUGAAGCAUGAGCAUUUGAAGGAUAUUCCAAGCCGUUUGAUUCUAAAGCGAUAG